GCAGAAAGGAAGGCGACGGAGGAGAGAAAGGCGCCUUUCUUUAAAACCCUUGGAAAACCUCAGCCGCCAUAACUGCCGCGACCAGAACAGAGAGAGCAGGCCAGGAAGCAAAACUAAGCGGCGGUCGCCAUGGUGAAAUCCUACCUGAGGUACGAGCCUCGGGCUUCGUUCGGCGUGAUAGCCUCAGUCGAAUCGAACAUAGCCUUCGACAGCUCCGGGAAGCACCUGCUAGCUCCGGCGCUCGAGAAGGUCGGAGUUUGGCAUGUCCGGCAAGGCAUCUGCACGAGGACGCUAGAGCCUUCGACGGCUUCUCGUAGUGGGCCUUCUCUCGCAGUCACCUCCAUAGCCGCCUCCUUGUCUUCACCGCUGGUAGCAAGUGGUUAUGCCGACGGUAGUAUUAGGAUUUGGGAUAGUGACAAGGGAACCUGCGAGACUACAUUGAAUGGCCACAAAGGUGCGGUGACUGCUCUACGGUUCAACAAAACUGGUGCUCAGCUUGCAUCUGGAAGUAAAGAUAAUGAUGUUAUAUUGUGGGAUGUGGUUGGGGAGACUGGCCUCUUUCGCCUUCGAGGACAUCGUGACCAGGUUACUGACCUUGUGUUUUUGGAGUCCGGGAAGAAGCUAGUGACUUCAUCCAAGGACAAGUUUCUGAGAGUGUGGGAUCUUGAAACACAGCAUUGCGUGCAAAUUAUCAGCGGACAUCACAGUGAGGUUUGGUCAAUUGAUGUCGACCCAGAAGAGAGAUACUUGGUUAGUGGUUCUGCAGACCCUGAAAUUCGGUUUUACACAAUUAAGGACGAGGCAGAAGGCAAAAAAGACGUGGGCAAUGAAAAUGGGGAUGCCAAUAAAUGGGAAGUUGUAAAAUUUCUUGGUGAGAUCCAGAGGCAAACAAAAGAUAGGGUUGGAACUGUGAGGUUCAAUUUGUCGGGUAAUUUGCUUGCUUGUCAGUCAGCUGGGAAGAUAGUGGAGAUAUUCAAUGUCCUUGAUGAGGUUGAAGCAAAGCGCAAGGCUAAACGUCGGCUUCAUAGGAAGAAGGAGAAGAAGUCAUCAAAAGGAUCAGUUGAGGUUGCUGAAAAUACUAAAGAGCCUGCUACAGAAGAAGAUGGGAGUGGUACUCUGAUUAUUGUAACUGAUAUCUUUAAGCUUCUGCAAACCAUUCGAGCAGGCAAAAAAGUGUGCUCCAUAUCGUUCAGCCCAGUUACACCAAAGAACUCAUUGGCUACAUUGGCAUUGUCAUUGAAUAAUAACUUGUUGGAGUUUUAUUCCAUUGAAAAUGAUGCAAACAAAAAGAAUCUAGCUAUUGAACUCCACGGGCACCGGUCUGAUGUCAGGAGUCUUACACUCAGUUCGGACAAUAGUCUUUUGCUGUCCACUAGUCACAAUGCAGUAAAGAUUUGGAAUCCAAGCACUGGUUCUUGUCUUCGAACUAUUGACUCUGGAUAUGGACUGUGUGGAUUGUUUGUUCCACAUAACAGGUAUGCACUUGUUGGGACGAAAGGUGGAACUGUUGAAAUCAUUGACAUCGGAAGUGCCACUAGAAUUGAGGAAGUGGAAGCUCAUGGUGGUGCCAUUCGUUCUAUUACUGCGAUUCCAGAUGAAAAUGGGUUUGUCACAGGCAGUGCAGAUCAUGAUGUUAAGUUCUGGGAGUAUCAAAUCAAACAGAAACCUGGUCAGGAUUCAAAGCAGCUCACAGUAUCAAAUGUGAGGUCUCUGAAGAUGAACGAUGAUGUUCUAGUGGUUGCAAUUAGCCCUGAUGCUAAAUACAUUGCGGUUGCCCUGUUGGAUUGCACAGUGAAGGUUUUCUUCAUAGAUUCGCUCAAACUUUUUCUUACACUAUAUGGUCACAAGCUGCCCGUAAUGUGCAUGGAUAUCUCAUCAGAUGGAGAUUUAAUUGUCACUGGCUCAGCUGACAAAAACUUGAAGAUUUGGGGCUUGGACUUUGGCGAUUGUCACAAAUCUCUAUUUGCUCAUGCUGAUAGUGUAAUGGCAGUGCAAUUUGUGCGAAAUACCCACUAUAUGUUCAGUGCUGGAAAAGAUCGACUUGUAAAGUACUGGGAUGCUGACAAAUUUGAGCUGCUCCUAACUCUGGAGGGCCACCAUGCUGAUAUUUGGUGCCUUGCAAUUGGUAGCCGUGGUGACUUUAUUGUCACGGGUUCUCAUGAUCGAUCUAUACGUCGGUGGGAUCGCACUGAGGAGCCGUUCUUCAUCGAGGAAGAGAAGGAGAAGAGGUUGGAAGAAAUGUUUGAAGCUGAUCUGGAGAAUCCAUUUGAAAACAGAUUUGCACCAAAAGAAGAGAUCCCAGAAGAGGGAGCUGUUGCCUUGGCUGGGAAGAAAACUCAAGAAACUCUUACAGCAACCGACUUGAUUGUUGAAGCACUAGAUGUAGCGGAAAUGGAGUUGAAGCGUAUUACUGAACAUGAAGAGGAGCGGAGAAGUGGACAAAUAACUCGCUUCCAGCCAAACCCUACCAUGAACGGGCUGUUGCCUUCUGAUUAUGUUCUUGAUGCACUCUCAAAAGUUCAGGCAAAUGAUUUGGAGCAGACACUUCUGGCUUUACCAUUCUCAGAUGUUUUGAAGCUCUUGUCCUACCUGAAGGACUGGUCAUCAAUCCCUGACAAGGUUGAGCUUGUCAGCAGAGUUGCUACUGUGCUGUUGCAGAUUAACUAUCACCAGUUAGUCAGCACUCCCGCUUCUAGGCCUGUUUUGACUGCUCUCAAGGAUGAACUCCAUUCAAGAGUCAAGGAAUGCAAGGAUACUCUUGGUUUCAAUCUGGCAGCAAUGGACCAUCUGAAGCAAUUAAUGGCCUCAAGGUCGGAUGCACUCUUCCAAGAUGCAAAGGCAAAGCUUCAGGAAAUCCGUUCUCAUCAUUCGAAACGUUUGGAAGCCAGAACAGAUACGAAAGAAGAGAGACGAAAAAAGAAGAAACAGAAGAAAUAGACAUCCAUUUUCAAGUCUCCCAACUUUCAGUCGGCAGAAUCUCUGCACCUUCAGACUCAGCAGUUGCUCCAACAGCUGCUAUAGAACCAAGUUGCUGGUCGGAAAACAGCUUGAUUGAUGUUUGGCUCGAGAAAAACUCAUCCCAGAAAUGACUCUUUGUACCAGGUCUGCAAUUUGCAAAUGCAGGGGAGGACUUUUCAACUAUAUUGAGUGAGCUUUAACUUAAACCAUAUACUAUUUUCUCUCUCGUUUGCUUGUAAUUACUUUCCUACUUGACCAAUCAGGAAUGUACCAUUACAUAUAACACAGCUAGUAACGCUGAAAAUUUUGCUUAGUGAAAAGUUGUUACAUUACAAUUUACAAUGCAAGGAACCAAAUUGCUUGUGAG